GCCGGUCUAGUAAGCAAAGAUUCAUUCAUAUGUUGUUGUCCACAGCCAUCGUCAAAGUCACACACACUUCCUUUCACUGAUUCCAAAUUCUCUAUUCAAACAUCAAUGGAUCCUCCACCCAAGACUUGGAGCAUCCACACGCGCUCCGAGAUAACCGCCAAGUACCAGGUUCUCAGCCGGGUCGGGUCGGGUGUCUACGCCGACGUCUAUUGCGCCCGCCGCCUCUCCGACGGCGCCGCGGUGGGGCUCAAGGAGGUUCACGAUUCCCAAUCCGCCUCGCGCGAAAUCGAGGCUCUGAGGCUUCUAAAAGGGUCCCGAAACGUCGUCGUGCUGCACGAGUUCUUCUGGCGCGAGGACGAGGACGCGGUUCUCGUGCUCGAGUUUCUCGGAACCGACCUUGCCACCGUGAUCGGAGAAGGUGGUGUCGGUGUUGCAGAGGCUAAGAGGUGGAUGGUGCAGGCUCUGAGUGCGGUGGAUGAGUGUCAUAGGAACAUGAUCGUGCAUAGGGACUUGAAGCCCGCGAAUUUCUUGGUUUCUGAUGAUGGGGUGCUCAAGUUAGCGGAUUUUGGACAGGCAAGGAUACUAGUGGAGUCUGGAUUUGAUGCUCCCCAGGAGAACCCGCCACCAUAUGAAGAUGAUGCUUCAAAUAGUGAAAGCUCACUCCAACAUCCUGAAGCUAUUUCUCAAUUAGUUAACUUAAACCAAACUGUAUAUGAAAAUCCAAAUCAGGGAACCGUGAGUCAUGAAGAAUAUUUCAGAGUUUUGGAUGAGAUGAAAACCAAGAGCUACUCCUAUGACACUGAUAAGGAUACAAACAUCUAUGAUGGAAACACCUCAUGUCUUGCAACAUGCACAACGAGUGACAUAGAUGAUGAUCUUUGCAAGGGUUCUUUUACAUAUGAAGCUGAGGAGGUGGGAGGAAAUGAACUUGGUUGUCUCACAUCAUGUGUCGGAACUCGGUGGUUCCGAGCUCCUGAGCUACUCUAUGGAUCUACAGACUAUGGUUUAGAGGUUGAUCUUUGGUCAUUGGGAUGUGUCUUUGCUGAGCUAUUAACAUCGAAGCCAUUGUUUCCUGGAACAAGUGAUGUAGAUCAGCUCAGCAGAAUUGUAAGUGUAUUGGGAAACAUUAAUGAGGAAACUUGGCCUGGUUGUUCCAAGAUUCCUGAUUAUGGAUCAAUCUCAUUGGGUAAUGUGGAAAAUCCAAGUGGUCUUGAAGCAUGCAUGCCCAAUUGCUCCCCUAAUGAAGUUUCCCUAGUGCAAAGAUUGGUUUGUUAUGAUCCAGCAAAGAGAACCACAGCUAUGGAGUUGCUUCAGGACAAGUACUUUAGUGAAGAACCUCUUCCUGUUCCAAUUUCUGAAUUGCGGGUUCCUUUGACUAGAAAUGGACAAGACCAGGAUUCCCCUGGUGGGCACAAUGGAAUGGGUUCUGAUUCUGAUUUGGAGGAGUUUGGCACCUUGAAUAUCACCACAACUGGUUCUGAUUUAUCUAUACAGAUCCCUUGAACAUGAAGGAUAUGAUGCACUUUGAAUUUUGUUUUAUUAUUAGUAUAUAAAAAAAAUUUAAUUCAAGGUGCAUCGUAUUCUUUGGACAGAAUUUGUCCUUUGCUGUUCGAUUGGUAUUGUUUGCUGAAUGAAAUCCACGGUUGAAUUUUUAUAUAAGAAAUUUUUUCUUUUGCAAGAAUUGUAAACAAAUGAUAAAUAAUUGAGGAAUAUAAAUGUUGUUUUACCAUGUAAUGUUAUCCUUGAUGUAAAACUGUUGCUAAGUGCCAGAAUUCUGUAACCCGGUAACAGGGACAAGAGAUCCUUACAACCCAAUUUCCACCAACGUGCUUGUGUCUUUUGUUUU